GCAGGGCGAAGAUGCUGUAGUCGAUGGCCGUGAACUCCAUGUCUGGGCUCUCUCCUGGCCGCAGCCCCCGCUGCCCGGCUGCACGCCCCCGACCUCAUGGGCACCCCAAGCCCCCACGGUGGCUGCGGCUGCGGGUCCCGGACGGCAUCUCCUCGGGCACGGAGCUGCGGCGAAGGACCGGGCUGAGCGCCAGGAGCUGCUGCGGGACCUUCGCUCGCUCUGCCCCGACCUCAAGGACCCGGCGGAGAACGACCCCGAACCCUCCUACUACUACUCCACCUCCUACUACUACUCCACCUCCUCCUUCUCCUCCACCCCACCUCCUCCUUCUCCUCCUCCUCCUCUGGGCCGGGCUGGACCCACGGCGCCCACCCCCCCCCCGGGCUGCCUCACCUGCCCCCGCCAAGGCAAACGGGCUUGGGGCCCCGGAGCAAAUACUCGGCCCCACGCCCCCAACCCGGCACCACCGACCCCGUGCCAAGCCCAACACGGCCGCCCCCGCGCCCCGGCCAAGCACAACACCGGGCAGCACCCCGAGGCGCCGGAGCCCCGCCGAGACCGGCAGAACCGCCCCAGCGUCAGGCAGUCACCCCGGCGGGGCACAGCGGAGGAGGGAAGGAGCCCCCGGCCCCGCAGAGCAGAGGAUCCCCGGUGACCUGCUUCCGACCCGGCCCCCCCCGUCCCUCAUCCUACACUUUCCGAUGUCCCCGGUGACCUCUCUGGAGGCGCCGCUGUCCAGCCCCAAUGUAGCCGGUGUGCGGGCACUGCCCGGGGCCGGUGCGGAACGACUCGAUGGUGGCCCGGUUCUGCGCAUCCCGGAGCGGUACCGAGAGCGAGGGGCGCUGCUGCCGGGAGCGGGGGGCCCGCCCGGAGCGUCUGCUGGGGCUGGAUCUGAGCAACUGCUCCCUGCAGAGCCUCCCCCUGGAUCUGGCUGAGGCCACCACUGCCAUCGUCCUUGAUCUGACAGAAAACCCCCUGGGCCCACUCCCCGAUGGCUCCUUCGAGGGUUUCACCCACCUCCAGAGCCU